UACAUAUUGGUGAGUAUUCAGAUAAUUUACUAUUUUAAUUUAACGUAUCCAUUUAUCUUUUAUUUACGUAUUUUUAUUGCUUGUGAAAGAUACUGUAGUGUUAAUAGAAAAAAGCUAAACAUUUGCGGUACUAACCGCAUGUAUGCUAACUCAGUCAGUGCACUACAGUUGAUCCAGUUAUCGAGCACCGCCUUCUCUGAAACCGUAUCGUGCUUUCAAUUUGUUGACAUAAUUUUUGCGUUUCUCCCGUGAUAAUGAGUCAGGGAACCGAAAAGAAGCGGCGAAAGUUAUACUUGGGCCCGGAUAGUCCAUUCAUUAUCCCUCGCUCAACGCGGUGGUACAGCCAGCAAUUUAACGCCAGCACUUCGCAGUCUCCUCGUUCCACUAAAGACGCAGCCAUGCCAUGUACAGCCGCAAAUGAUGCCUCAGAUGACUCUGGCACACCCGAGUCAUCUCCAGAUGAACAACGGCCCAAGGACGGCUCCUCUGCUGAUUGUGCAGCGGACUACAGUGAUGACAAUGUACCCUCUACGUGUCCCAACGGAGACAGUCACCUGGAAAGCAACAGUGACGGCUGCUUGGACAGCCUCGCACAUGAAAGGAUUAGCGACGGCGAAGCCCGGAGUUUAGUAGAAAGCAGCGACGACGACGCACUUGACUCGGACAACGACAGCGUAGACGAAAGCAGCAGGGCUCCACCCUAUAGAGAUGGAGAAGAUGAGUCCACCCGCUCUAGUAGCGAAGAUGACCGUCGUGGUGAUCUGCCCUGUGAUAGCACUGUCAUACCUCCGUUCGACGAUUCACAAUUGCUGGCUAAGUGCAUCGCUGAUUCGGCACCAAAACUCUUCCUGGUUCAACAACUACAAUUGCAGUGGCCAUUGUGUUAAUAAUGUCGUUCAUAGCAGCCCAUGGGCUACCCUGGUCUGCUGUGGAUGACUUAUUAAAGCUCGUCGAUGCCUUGUUUGGCUUUCAGAGAAGCGGCUUGCCACAGUCAAAGUAUUUGCUGAGAAAGCUUUGGUCUGCAAAAUGUGCUUCAGUCGUGAAGUAUCACUACUGUUGCAGCCAGUGUGGCAAGCUUCUCCACAUUUCUUCAGACAAGGCACUCCUGUCUUGCAAUGGCUGCCUGAUUUCCACGAAGUUGUCGGAUAUGAAAAGCGGUGGUACAUUCUUUUCUAUUCUUGACCUCCGAACCCAAUUUUCCAGCCUAAUAGCAAGACUCUCAAGUGUCUUGUACAACAACCUCUUGAAGUUGAAGCAGCAGGCAGAAGAUGGAUCUCGAAUGAUACGUGACCUCACAAGUGGCACGGCACACCGUUCUUUGUUUGAAAAGGGAGUCUUGAGGUGGAGCGACCUGACUAUCACUCUGAACACUGACGGUAGCCCACUGUACAAAUCAUCAAAUUCCUCGAUAUGGCCAAUUCAGAUGAUUGUGAAUGAACUGCCCACAUCGCACAGACACAAAAAUGUUGUGCUUGGAGGCUUGUGGUUCGGACGAAAACACCCAGACAUGCUGCUAUUCCUCGAAAAGUUUGUUGAAGCCAUGGGCCAAAUUGGUGAACUCAUCUGGAAACAUUGUUCAUCUGUUAUUCACACCAAAGUUUACACAAUGUGCCUUUGUGUUGAUGCUCCAGCCAGAGCAGCUGUGGGAAACCAGGUGCAAUUUAAUGGCUUUUUUGGCUGCCCAUGGUGCCUGGCUUGUGGAGAAAGCCAAGAAGGACGGCUUCUAUACACCCACUCAAAGCCAGAUGUGGAGAGAACAUCAGCAGGAAUUCGAAGAGAUAUGAGCCUUGCAGCUAGUCUCAAAACCCCUGUCAAUGGGUUGAAAGGGUUAUCCCCACUGACAGAGCUCCCCCACUUCGACCUUGUGUGGGGCUACACAGUGGAAUAUAUGCACUGCGUUUUACUGGGUGUGGUGAGGCAGUUCACAGAUUAUUGGUUCGACUCCUCAAACAACAACGAGGCAUACUACAUUGGGCGCCCAAGGACACUCGAACUGAUUAACAGACGGCUGCUCAGCAUCAGACCACCCCAUCAUUUUACCCGGCUGCCCCGCACACUGCGAGAAAGGUGCUACUGGAAGGCUCAUGAGUGGCGGAAUUGGCUACUGUUCUACUGCUUGCCCUGCUGUCGUCAUGCCCUUCCACCGAAAUACCUUCGUCACUUCUCACUCUUGGCUGAAGCAAUUUUUGUCUUGUUGUUGGAAGAGCUGUCAUCUGACCAAAUUGAUUAUGCAGAAAAGCUUCUCACAGCCUUCGUGUCACAAGCGGCAAGCCUCUAUGGCCAGCGGUGCAUGAGUUUCAACACUCACCAACUGCUUCACCUGGCAGAAGCUGCUAGGAAAUUUGGGCCUCUGUGGGCACAUUCUGCCUUCACAUUUGAAAGUGGCAAUGGAGAACUAGUUAGGCUUGUGAAUGCAGCAAAAGCUGUGCCAGAACAGAUACUUGAAAGAGUUAUAAUGUCACAGGAGCUGCAUGUUCUGCUGUCAAAACUUCCUUUGCCAUCUGAUGUGCUAAAUUUUUGCACGACCAUACUUGGCAACCCAAACACACAGCAUGCACGACGCAUUGGAGCUGCAUGGAUGUUUGGCACACCAAAGGAUGUUGUUUCCCUUAGUGAUCAAGAGUUUUCCUGCUUACAAGUUUAUUUUGGUCAUGUACCAUCUGUGCAAGAGCACUUGAGAUUUUCUUACAUAGGGACAAUCUUUCAUAGUGCCAAUUAUAGAGCUGGAAGAAAAAAUAGUUCUGUAUUUGAAUGCAACAGAGGUGGCUUUUAUGCCAUUAAGAGAAUAUUUGAAGUCACUGACUCGUCUUCUACUUCAAAUGGCCAGGCUGUCCUUCUCUGCACAAAAAUCGUCACUGAUAACAAUGUAGAAGGACUGCCACCAUAUGUUUCUGAAUGUUUUUUUAUUAGCAUAUUCCCUGUUACCACUGAACAUCACGGACAUCGCUAAACCAUUUGUUUUGAUCUCUCUGAAUGGCAGAGAAGACUACAUUUGUGCAGUUCCGAACUUGAUUGAGCGUGAUUAAGAUCACACAAGCCAAGCUCGUUUUAACCCUUUAUUUACCCUUGACGAGUACCUUGAUGAGUAAUACCCUUGUCGAGUCAUUAGAAUUUAUUCCAAGACAGCUAGUGAUGAGCAUAGUCGUCAUGAAGCCAUGUUACUGGAAAUACCUGGGAAAUUUAGUUCCUUCAUUUCAUGUGGUACCAAAAGGGUUAAAGAAGCACUGAAGCAAAUUUGAACAUUGCAUGCAUGUUGUAAAACCUUCCCCUAUAAUGCACCCUUAUUGCUCGAGAUCAAUACAUAACUGAUUUUGGAUUGCACCGCCAUCAGGAUGUGGCUACAGUGAUAAAUUCAAACCAUGACCUCGUGCUAAUUAGCAGAACGUGACAGCUACUGAGUUACUGCGUUGUGUAAUGUGUCACUGCACCAAGGCUGAGAGCAGUAAUUUAUUUAUGAAAUGGAGAUUGGAUAAUGCUGGUAAUUUCAUCAGUGCUGGCAUGAACUGUCAAAACAUGCAUUUGGUUCAUUGAUGCUAUAGGGGUGUGUGAAUAGGUAUUUUUAAGACUGAAAUGGAUGACUGGAAUAGUGCUUAAAGCGAAUGGAAUAUAAAAUACCUCUUGAAUAAUUUUCUAAUAAUAAACAGACAUUGCCAUCAUUAAUAUAAAAUGUUCCAAUCCUACCAAAUUCACAGUGUUUGCUAGUUCCUGUCAUUACACUGUAUACUUUAUUAGAAGCACAAAU